AUUAUAAAAAAAACUUCAUCAUAUCCGGUGAUCGCCAUCUUAUCAUUUUCGUUUGGAUCGAGUGAGCGAGUAAAGGGUGAUUUUGUGAUAAUUGUGAAUUUUUGAGUGCUUGUAUGAUUGAAGAUUGAAAGAUGUCGAUUGAAUAUUUGCAAGUAGCGGAAGAUGAAGGAGAAGAACCUAUUGAAUUACCUAUCGAAGAUGACGGGACUCUACUAUUAAGUACCUUAUCUGCACAAUUUCCAGGUUCUUCUGGUUUGAAAUACAAAAAUCCAGAAAGUAAAACUUUUAGAGGAGUUCGACUUUCAGAGGGAAGGCUACAUCCUCCUCCUGAUGAAGGAUGGGGCUCUCAAGUAUUUUACUGCGUGUUUCCUAAAGAGAAUAAACGAAAGAGUGAUGACAAUCUGGAAAAUUCGACUGCAAAGACAAAGCGAAUGGAAACUAAGUUACGUUGUACUGAUUUGAUUGUGCUUGGAUUGCCUUGGAAAACGACUGAGCAAAAUUUGAGAGAGUAUUUUGAGACAUUUGGUGAGGUGCUAAUGGCACAAGUUAAGAAGGAUCCCAAGACAGGACAAUCAAAAGGAUUUGGAUUUAUCAGGUUUGCAUCGUAUGAAUCUCAGAUGAGAGUUUUAGCGCAGAGGCAUAUGAUUGAUGGAAGGUGGUGUGAUGUGAAAGUUCCCAAUUCGAAAGAAGGAUUGAUCCAACAAGUUCCUUGCAAAGUUUUCAUCGGAAGGUGUACAGAAGAUUUAACAUCAGAUGAUUUAAGGGAUUAUUUUGGGAAAUUCGGCGAAGUUACUGAUGUUUUCAUACCGAAACCGUUUAGAGCGUUUAGUUUUGUCACGUUUUUAGAUCCUGAAGUUGCUCAAUCAUUAUGUGGAGAAGACCAUAUUAUCAAAGGUGUGUCUGUACACGUUUCCAAUGCUGCUCCAAAGUCUGAUACAAGAGGGGGUAAUUAUCGAGAAAGAGGGCCUAAUAAUGGACCUCCGAAUCGCGGUGGUGGUAAUGGACCUGACGGUCCUGGAGUAUAUACUCAAAGGUAUAACGGUAGCGGACCGAAUCAAGGUAAUUGGGGUAACCAAGGCGGUCCUCGAGGGAAUAUUGAUAUGCCCAAUUUACAAGCUUUAGGUAUAACGGGACAAGGACAACAAGGCAAUAACCAAGGAAAUUGUAACCCAUUAGGUAUGGGUUUAAAUGCACUUGGUGCUCUUCCUAUGAAUCCGGCUUUAGUUGCGGCUGCUCUGAAUCAAGCCGGUUGGGGUUUAAUAGGCAAUCUCCAAAACCAACCUGAACCUAAUUUCAAUCAAGGAUUCAAUAAUGGUCCUAACGCCGCCACCCAAAAUAAUCAAAACAGUGGUGGUCGCGGGGGUAACAAUCCAGGUUUUCUCAACUGGAUGAAUCAAGGCGGUGGAAACCAAAAUAAUCCAGAUGGGGGACAGUGGAAUAGGCCGCCACAACAAAGUCAAGAUACCAAAGGAUUUUUGAAAUACGAAUAAUUUGUAUUGGUUUUAAAGCUUUAAGAAAUCACCUAUAAUUAUAGAAGAAAUCAACGGUACAUAGUGCGUUGAUUAUGCGUCGAUAAACUAAUUGUUUAUAUUUCUAAUUGAAUCAACAAAACCUCUAAAACACCCUAAUUGUAAGUUAUUUAAGUGUUUCCCUUUUUUAUACAAAUGAAAAAAUUGGACCGGGUAAAUGUGGAAUGAAAGUUUGAUUUUUAGAGGUUUUGUUUCCUAUAUAUAUAUACAUAUUUAUAUAUGAUAUAAUUUUGUUAUAACGGAAUUGAGUGUGUAAUUGAGCAUUACAAAUACUCCAGCAUGAAUUAUUAAAUUGUGUGUUGUGCAUAUCUUUAUAUAUAUAAAAAUAAAUUCAAUGAAUGCAAGAAAAGGAGAGUUAGUUAAAUAUUUAAUGUUUGAAAUGGGUUUUAGAUACUAUGCCUUACAAAUAUAAGCAUUAAAAAAUA